AUGUCAGCAAAAAGAGGUCGUGGUGGUGUCGGAGGUGGUAAAUUCCGUAUAUCACUCGGUUUACCAGUCGGUGCCGUAAUCAAUUGUGCUGAUAAUACAGGUGCAAAAAACUUAUACGUUAUUUCGGUGAAAGGCUUUGGUGCACGCCUCAAUCGAUUACCAGCUGCUUGCGUUGGCGACAUGAUUAUCUCAACGGUUAAAAAAGGCAAACCUGAUUUACGUAAAAAAGUAAUGCCAGCAGUCGUCAUCCGACAACGUAAACCAUUCCGCCGAAAGGAUGGUACAUUCAUUUAUUUUGAAGAUAAUGCCGGUGUUAUCGUCAAUAACAAAGGCGAAAUGAAAGGUUCAGCUAUAACAGGACCAGUGGCAAAAGAAUGCGCCGACUUAUGGCCACGUAUAGCUGCUAAUGCACAAUCAGUAGCUUAA